AGUGUGCCAGUGUCGCAAGAUGUCAACACAGUCGUCAAAACAUUAAUGGCCUUGAAACGUUUGUCAAGUUUGACGUUAUUUUAUGCGUUUGCCACUCACAGCUGUCAGAGUGUAUUUGUUUGAGGUGUAUUAUAUCGUUCGUUGGACAUGUCAUCAGUACUCGAAAAUGCCUAUUUGCGGCAUAGGCUGAGACAAAUGGAUCAGCUGUAUCCGGAACCUUCAACAUUUGGGCACUGUGACUGCACAUCAUAUUCUUACUUUGCUCUCUCUUUAGUCCUGUUUGUGAUGGGGGCCGUAAUAACCGUGCUUGCUCUCGGAGACGCCGACGGGUACCUAUUUUCUAACUUAGGUCACAUGUGGCUCGUCGGGCCAAUUUUUAUUUGCUCUGGACUCAUGAUUGCAGUGAAAAGUAUUUUAUAUCUCAGAAGAAAAAGUGUCAUCCAGAUGUUACUGCGGCAGCGAGCGCUGUUAAGGGGACUACAGGAGUUAGCCCAGCAGUCAAGAAGUCAACAAUCAGGCUGUGUAAUACGCAACCCAAGCACUGUCACAUUGCCACCAACAUAUGAAGCCCUCAUGGGCACUACUGAAUCACAUGGUGGUAGCACCUCAACAGAAGCACCUCCACCUACAUAUGAGGAAGCAAUGUUCCUCAUGGGUGAUGAAAAGCUGUGUGUUGUGCUUGAUGAUCCCAAAUAUCCUACUACUUCCAGUUCGCACCAGAGGAAAGGCUCUCAGUCUACCUCAAGGAGUCAAAAACCUGGUGAUGCAGCAGGUGCAGACUAAGAUUGUGAAUAGAUUUUUAUUCAUACCAUGUUAGCCGUUGUGGUUAUCAGUGCUGUAGUGUCUUAAAGAUUUUAAGACAAGGGUAGGUGGUGUCAAUAAUGAGACGACUGUUCAACUUGGAAACAUUUUAUGACAUUUUUGCUAGUAUUUUUGCACCACAAGUGUUUAAACGCAAUGGAAACAUAUCCUGUGAUGGAAUACAUUUUUUCUACAGUAUUUUGAAGUAAUAGUAAUGGUAAUAUUUAUUUACUGCACAAGAUUUGGCAACUGGAAAUCUGUAGCUCUCUAUUGGAGUAGUCAUUUCCAUAACACUGUGAAGGUGGUAUUACAGUUAAUUAGUUUUUAACGUAUCUACAAGUUUUAUGAGGGAUGCAUUUUCUUCAUUAGAGUGCUUAAUACUGCUGUCUUCACUAAUGUAAAAUAACAUAGGUAUCUAUGAGAAUGCCUUUAUAGUGGGAUUGAAAAAAAAAUAGUGUCAUUAUUUCUGUAAUAGCAGUUACUAUUGCAUUUCAGAUAUUGAAAAUGAAGUGAGGGAGAAUUUAGGUACGGUGCUGUACCUGUAACCUGUAAGUGGAAAAUGAUAUCCCUGUUCAAACUGUGUUCAGAGACUACAAGCUUCUGAGCUAAUCAGAAUAAGAGCAGGCUUUGUAGUAAGUAAAAAAAAAAAAAGUAAACAGUGAUUCUCUUACUUGAGGUGCCAAACCUAUUAAAAUUAGUAGUUUUGGGGCAAUUGCUGGUAAACAUUUCUAUUCUUAUUUUCAGCAAUUCAGGAUGAUCAGAGUUGAAAAUUGAUUCAGAUGUCCUUACAUUUGAAUGCAUAUAUCUAAAUUCUGGAAUAUUUCUUUGGUAUCAAUGUUAAUAGAUUUAGUGUAUAAUGUCUUAUUUUUGAUAGAUGUUACAGGUGAGCUGUUAAUCAUUAAAUCAGGAGAGGUACAUGACAAGAGAUAUUUUGAAAUAGUACUCUGUUCUCAAAUUUGAUGCAUGGCCUUUUGUUACUUUAACCUUCACUAGCUGAUAGACAGACGUGUAAAAUAUUAAUUUCUUUAUGUCUGUGGAAACUGUUCUCUCCCUCUCUCAAAUACACUUUGAAAAGUAAGGUCUGUGAUGCACUAUGAAAGUCAGCUGCAAAUAUCCAUGAUUUUGUUUUGUGUGUAUUCAAAUUAAGCAAUAUUUUCUUUGUAAAUUAAAUGGCAAGUAAAUUUCUUAAAUUCUAAAUAAUAAUAUAUUUCUUGAAAAUAACAUCAGGCAAACACAGUUUUCCUUUCUUUUUACCUCUCUAAAAUAUAUAACAUGGGAGAUAAUACUGUUGGAAAAUUGUUGUUAUGAUUUUGGUGGUAGUGUCAGGAAUCAGUCUCUUAUAUUGUACACUGUUUCUCUAGAAAUUUUGUGGCCCAUUUUGUGCUCUUUACCUAGUGUUAUCUCUCAACUAUCUCAGAGAAAAGUCAACAUACUUCACUUCAGGCAUGAGAAGCGUCUCUUUAUGUUUGACUGAUCUAUUGAUGCAACACAUUCUCGUUGCACUAAUUUCUUGAAAUUUAAUCUGAGUGUUGUUUUGUCUGCUUUAAAUAAAAACUAUUUACAGACUUAUAUGGGUAUAGUACACUUAUUAUACAGCUGUGUCCAUUGUUAUUCAAAAGUUUAGCUAUGAAGUGCCUAGAAAUGUGUACAUGAAAUAAAGUACAGUGAAGGUUAUUUGAAAAUUCAGUUGUAUUGGGGCUAUCCAUU